UGUCUGCUGAUCCUGCGGCGGCAGAUUCGCUGUUGGUUUGCCAUCUUGUUAUGGUUCUCGAUGCUGACCAGUCAAAGUGAAUAUGAAGUUUAUACGAUGAAUAUGAAGAUUAUAUGAUGAAUAUUUGGGGAUAUGUCUGUAAGCGUGUGUCGUGUCAAUCCACAACAGCAGCUGAACUCACUCCAUGAGGUUUGGAUCCGGUUCCUUGGUUCUGGUUUUGGUUUAUAGCUACCAGCUAACAGCUCAACUCUCUGCGUUUAUUGUAUUUCAUAUGAGCAUUUAAAUGCACUGAGAUCAAAUCUAGCUCAUGAUGGCGGAAGACAUUCAGCACAAUCAGAAAGCAAACUUUAAUGGACUCACCAAAUCAGCCAAAUCAGGAGCGUCUAAGAAACUCACCAUAAAGAACUUUAAAGACAGACCGGAACUAACAGACUCCUACACUGAAGACACAUGGAUAAAGCUCAGAGAUGCUGUUAGUGCCAUUCAGAACAGCACCUCAAUCAAAUAUAACCUGGAGGAGCUUUACCAGGCCGUGGAGAAUCUGUGUUCGUAUAAAGUAUCACCUGUGUUAUACAAGCAGCUGCGUCAAGUGUGUGAAGAUCACAUUCAAGCUCAGAUCCAUCAGUUCAGGGAAGAGUCACUGGACAGCCUGUCAUUCCUGAAGAGGAUGAACCGCUGCUGGCAGGACCACUGCAGUCAAACGAUCAUGAUCCGCAGUAUUUUCCUCUUCCUGGACCGAACAUACAUCCUCCAGAACUCACUGCUGCCAUCCAUCUGGGACACGGGGCUGGAGUUGUUCCGGACGCACAUUGUGAGUGAUGGUGCCGUUCAAAGCCGGACAGUGGAGGGAAUCCUGGAGCAGAUUGAGCGUGAGCGUAAUGGAGAGACGGUGGACCGCAGUCUGCUGAGGAGCUUACUGGGCAUGCUAUCUGACCUGCAGGUGUAUAAAGACUCAUUCGAGCAGAGGUUUUUAACAGAGACGAACCGACUGUACGCAGCUGAGGGUCAGAGGCUCAUGCAGGAGAGAGAUGUUCCUGAGUACCUUCAUCAUGUGUCGCGGCGUCUAGAGGAAGAGAAUGACCGUGUCAUCAGUUAUUUAGAUCAGAGCACACAGAAGCCACUCAUUGCCACAGUGGAGAAGCAGCUGCUGGGCGAACACAUGAAUGCCAUUCUACAGAAAGGUCUGUGGAUGCUACUGGAUGAGAACCGUGUUUGUGAGCUGACGCUGCUCUAUGAGCUCUUAAGUAAAGUCAAAGGAGGGCUGAUGACGCUGCUGCAGGCUUGGAGAGACUACAUUAAGAGUUUUGGUGGAGAGAUCGUGAGUUCUCCAGAGAAGGAUAAAGAGUUGGUUCAGGAGCUGCUGGACUUCAAGGACAAGAUGGACCACGUGACCCAGCGCUGCUUCCAGAGGAACGACAAUUUCAUCAAUGCCAUGAAGGAAGCCUUCGAGAACUUCAUCAACAAGAGACCCAACAAACCUGCCGAGCUCAUUGCUAAGUAUGUGGAUUCUAAACUGCGCGCUGGAAAUAAGGAGGCCACAGAGGAGGAGCUGGAGAGGAUUCUGGACAAGAUCAUGAUCAUCUUCCGGUUCAUCCAUGGAAAGGAUGUUUUUGAGGCUUUCUAUAAGAAGGAUCUGGCCAAGCGUCUGCUGGUGGGCAAGAGUGCCUCGGUGGAUGCUGAGAAAUCCAUGCUGUCCAAACUCAAACAUGAGUGUGGAGCAGCAUUCACCAGUAAACUAGAGGGGAUGUUCAAAGACAUGGAGCUCUCCAAAGACAUCAUGAUCCAGUUCAAACAGUACAUGCAGAACCAGGGUGAUCCCAGCAACAUCGAGCUGACCGUCAACAUCCUGACAAUGGGCUACUGGCCCUCAUACACACCGAUGGAUGUCCAUCUGCCUGCAGAGAUGGUGAAGCUUCAGGAAGUGUUUAAGAUAUUCUAUCUGGGGAAGCACAGCGGGCGUAAACUACAGUGGCAGCCCACACUGGGUCAUGCAGUGCUGAAGACUGAGUUUAAAGAGGGUAAGAAGGAGCUGCAGGUGUCUUUGUUUCAGACUCUUGUCCUGCUAAUGUUUAAUGAGUGUGACGAGUAUUCAGUGGAGGAGAUCCGCACGGCCACAGGCAUCGAGGAUGGUGAGCUCAAGCGCACGCUUCAGUCUCUGGCCUGUGGGAAAGCGCGAGUGCUCAAUAAAAUGCCACGCGGGAAAGACGUGGAGGAUGCAGACCGCUUCCACUUCAACAGCGACUUCACACACAAACUCUUCCGCAUCAAAAUCAACCAGAUCCAGAUGAAGGAGACGGUGGAGGAGCAGGUGAGCACAACCGAGCGCGUGUUUCAGGAUCGUCAGUAUCAGAUCGAUGCGGCGUUGGUGAGGAUCAUGAAGAUGAGGAAGACUCUGAGCCACAACCUGCUGGUGUCUGAACUCUACAACCAGCUCAAGUUCCCCGUCAAGCCGGCUGAUCUGAAGAAGCGCAUCGAGUCACUGAUCGACCGUGAUUAUAUGGAGCGCGACAAAGAAAACCCAAACCAGUACCACUAUGUGGCGUAAGAGUGGCUCUGAGGCCAUGAUUCUUGACCUCUCACCCUCCUCACAAGGGCUUUUGAGCCGGACUGGACAUGUGAUGCCGUAAACCCCUUGUGACCCUACAAACGCUCUGCACUCUGGGAUUGAGGAUGAUUUUAGCAUGAUUGCGAAUGAUUUUCACUAAAGAUGCACUUUUCUUUGACUCCUCUAUGUUCGUUGUUUUUGAGUUUAGCGCGUAUGACGAGCUUGUCUGCUGUAGCAUCACAAGUGUGUGUGUUUCUUCCUCCCUGAUGCCAGAAUCGUGUUGAUGUGAGGUGUGUUACAAGUGAAGUUGACACUUUUGGCGGUUAUCCGCUCAGGAAAUGGAAAUCACACACACACACACACACACAAGUGUAAGAGUGUGUGUGUGUGUGUGAGAGAGAGAGAGAGAUAUCUGUCACUCAUCACCUGUAUUCUGUCACAUAUACAGUUUUGUAGAACAGAAGAUUCUAUUCUUUGUAAGUGGGCAAAGAUAUGAAAGAAUAAAUCAUAUUUAAGAUAU